AUGAUUGGCAGAGCCUGGGCGCUGGCGCUGGUACUGAUGCUCCUGGCACAGGGGGAUGGUCGACAAGCUCAGGAGUGUUCUCCGGGGGGAUACCAGAUUCUUCAGAGCCCUUAUAGAAGUGUCCAUUUUGAUACAGUGCACCACCAACAGUCAGCUGUUCAAAAGCUGAUAUGUGACCAUUCCCUCUCCCCUGGAUGGUAUCGUUUUCUCAUCUUUGACAGACCUGCUGAGAUGCCAACUAAAUGUGUUGAGACGAACCACUGUGGAACACAGAUGCCCAUCUGGUUGUCUCUGAGAGAUUCAGAAACACUGCCUUCUCCUGGGGAGAUCAAGCACCUGACAGUUCGUGCCACAUGGAAGUUUCUGUUUACCACUACAAAAGACUGCUGUCUUUUUCAAAUCCCUGUGUCUGUAAGAUACUGUGGAAAAUUUUUUGUGUAUUUACUGCAGCCCACUCAGGGAUGUAUGGGAUAUUGUGCAGAAGCUAUUUCUGAUACAAAAUUACAACAAUGUGGCCCUGAUGAAAUUGGAGGUGACUGUGUUCGUCAGCUGUCUGCCUCAUUGCUACCACCACCUCCAGGAAGGCCAGAGAUUGUGGUGGAAUUGUUUGAGUCCAGACUUUUCUGUAGGUGUGCCUUUGAUGUUUGCCCUACAAACAACUCUGUGGGAUUUCUCAUAACCUGGUCUAGACUUUCCUCUCAAUAAUUCGAUGAGGAGCUGAAACAAGAGACCACAGUUCAGGCAUUCUCUCUUUUAGAACUUGACGGCAUAAAUCUCAGACUUGGAGACAGGAUAUUCUGUAGUGCUUCCAUCUUUUUCUUGGAGAAACCAUAUGUACAAAGUUUAGCCAUCGAAAGCCAAGAAAUUUUUGUGGGAAUUAAGUUGCAGCCUGAACUGAGCACUAUAGCAGAAGAUGGGAAAGAAUACCAAUUGAGGAUGGAGAGCACACUUCCUAUCGUUUGUUCUGAAUUUGGUGAACUCGAUCAGGACUGCAAAAUCUCACUAAAACUGAAAACUGUAGAUCAAGGUAAAGAACAGCUAGGCUUAAAUUUGGCACUUUCUUCCUGUCACGUGGACCUUCAUCAGACAUCAUCCUGUGAUAAUGGAACCUGUAGCCGUGCUUUUGUGUACUACACUGCUGUAACAGAUUUUUUUCAAGAUGGAGAUAGCGUUACAAACAUUUUGGUGGAGCCUAUAGUCAGUGAAGAUUUCCUCUGGAACAGCUACAUUCCAGACAGCAUCCAGAUUUGGUUUACUUCUGGAGCAUUUAUCCGUGCUGAUCUUAGUGAAUGGGGCAUGAGUUUAACAGUCAGGGCCCCUAGUUCAGAUUAUAGAAACACGUUGGGACUUUGCGGCACCUUUGAUGGAAAUCCAGAAAAUGAUUUCCAUGAUAAAAAUGGGAUCAAAAUUGAUCAAAAUUUUAAUAAUUUUGUUGCUUUUAUUAAUGAACGGAGAAUUUUACCAGGAAAAAGCAUGUUUGAUAUAAUGCCGAUUUCUCUGACAUCACCUGGGAAAAUAUUCUAUUGUAGCUGUUCAGCGGACACUGCUUCAUUGCGUCUGUCUUCUAAUUUUCCGGACAAUGUUUCUCAAUCAGGAAUUGUUUCUGGUUGCAAAGAUAUCAAACAUGUCAGAUUCUCUUCUUUGAUACCAGAACUAGAUGCUACCUCUGAAUAUAUUAAUUCAGAAGCCCCUUUCAGAGGUAUGAGCAAGCAUAUAUCUGAAAAAGAAAAUCAUUUGCAUUCCUUUCCUUCAGAAAAUAAGCAUGUAAACCUAAGCAAACUGGACUUCGAUUUACAAACAAAUCCUGGGAAUGAAACACAAGAUACAACAACAGCUUUGGACAAUGGGAGCCACUUACAGGACCAGGGAAGCCACAUCCAAGAAAUGAGGUGGAACCCACAAAAUAGAUGGAAGCAGCAAAACUUUCAUGAGUUUCUUCCUUUGUUUGCUUUCCAAAGUCUCAGCCUAAUUGACCGAGAAGAGUUUAGCUAUUUUUUCCCUGAGGACCAUGCUGAUGAUGUCCAACAAAAGUUUGUCCUUUCCUGGCCCACGCCCUCAGGUCUCACCAAACACAACACCUUGGAGCUCUGUCAGCAGACUCUAGCCAACUCCAGCGUAGGAAGACACUGUCUUGCUUUUCUUGGCAAGAGAUUAGACAAUGUUAUAGAUAUGUGUGUUAAGGAUGUACAGUUAAAAGAUGAUCUUAGCUGGGCAGAAGCAGAUGUGGCCCUUUUAGAAAAUGAAUGUGAAAAGAGGAUUUUGGAAGAGGGAAAAUACAACACGGAAGAAUAUGGCAAGUUGAUUGAAGACAUUCUCCCAGUAUUAAAAUGCCCCAGUUUAUGCAGUGGCCAUGGGCAGUGUAUGGAACGGGGAUGUGCAUGUUUCCCAGGCUUUAGUUCCUAUGAUUGCAGUGAUGUGUAUGAGAAAGCUCCUGAAAUUACAGAGCUUGAAAAUGCUGAAUUUUGUGAUAUUCAAAAAUAUAAUUGUAUGAUGGUGAGAGCUUUCGGUCUAGGUUUCAAAGAAUCAUCUUCAAUUAAAUGUGAAGUUGCUAAACUGCAGUAUAACAGCAGUGCAUGGGUCUUUCAAGAACCCAUGUAUGUCCAUGCUGUUUUUCAAAACAGCAGAAUUGUUGAUUGUCAGCUGCCCACUGAUAGCCAGCAGUCUGAUACCAUGGAUCUGAUGGGUGAGACACCAAUCAUGAAGUUGGAAGCAAAGGUAUCUAAUGAUGGUUAUAGAUUCAGUAAUCCCAAAAUAAUUAUCAUAUAUGAUGGUGCUUGUCAAGUUUGUGGUCUCUAUGAAAAUGACUCAUGUACUAUAAAGGAAAAAUUUUGCUUUAUUGAUGGACUCUGCUAUGUUGAAGGGGAUAAGAAUCCUACCAGCCCUUGUUCGAUAUGCAGACCUAACAUUUUGAAAUUCUCUUGGUCUUUUUUAGAAAACAACCAACCCCCAGUGAUUCAAGCACUACAAGACACGUUGCAGGCAUUUUAUGGGGAAAACUUUGUGUACUAGUUCAUGGCGUUCAAUCCAGAAAGCUCUGACAUCCAUUUUACCUUAGACUCUGGUCCUGAAGGAGCAAGAGUUUCCCCCACAGGACUGCUUAUGUGGAAAGCAGAGUCACAAACCCUCCAGCUUUUCCCUCUACACCUUAGCAAUGACUGCAAUGCUGAAACUAGAGUCACACUUGAGGUGACUGUGAAGUCUUGUGAUUGCUUGAAUGGUGGAUCAUGUGUGUCUGACAUUAACUUUCCACCAGGAAGUGGAGUGUACCUGUGUGUCUGCUUGCCUGGCUUUCAGGGUGGUCUUUGUGAAGUAGACAUCAGUGAGUGCCAAUCUAGCCCCUGUGGCCGUGGCCAAUGUAUUAGUGGUUUUCACAAUUAUUCCUGUGAUUGUCCAUCUGAGCUCAAAGGUAAGUUCUGGUUUCUUAUGAACCAAAUCAGAGCAAAAAUUGCCAGGAAGAUGUUGAUGAGUGAAUUCAGUCCUUGCUUUCCAGGAGUAGAGUGCCUCAACACCUUUGGUUCCUAUCAUUGUGGUUCAUGUCCAAAAGGACUUUAUGAUAUAGAUUCUCAUCCAUCAUCAACUGAGAAUUCACCAAUUGGUACAGGCUUUACCCAUAGUCCUCCUACUAUCAAAAAGUUCUUGGACACAACUAACCAUAUCUUGCACUUAUUAAAAUCAGUUACAACUCAAAUGAAUAAUUCAAAGAAGUUUAUUUCCUAUCAUAUAUCAGGUUUUGAACACGUGGAUCAUGCUGUCAGCACAAAUAUCAGUCUGGAUGAGUUGGAAGUUUCUAUGAACAACCUUAGUUCUUUAAGCAUCAACCCAAAAAGCUCCCGUGGCAAAGCAAAGGAUGUUUUUCAGAGCACCAUCCAAACAGAGGCAGGAGAGUAUAAUUCUCAAGUUUACAGGUCUUGCCAAGGCCACACACAGUAUAAGGAUGGGUUUGCAUCAUCAGUUACUAGAGCAAUCACUGUCUCACCAGAAAAGCCUGGAUCGACCAAAAUAUCAACUUGUGCUGAUUCACCUCGUUUUCUUGGUGUUUCCUGUGUGCCAACCACAGAUGGUCAUUUCAAAUGUGGAUGCUGUCCAUUUGGGUAUUAUGGAGAUGGUAUCAGUUGCAGAGCCAUGUGUAGACACCCAUGUGGAAAAAGCAGGGAGUCCGUUGCCCCAGAUAUAUGCAAAUGUAAACCUGGUUACACUGUUUCUAACUGCCAAACUGCGGUAUGUCACCCUGACUGGAAAAACCAUGGAAAAUAUAUGAACCCUAACAUUUGUGAAUGUCCUCCAGGACACGAUGGAGCAACCUGUGAUGAAGAACAUUGUAACCCACCUUGUGGACAUAGUGGCACGUGCUUGGCUGGCAAUCUUUGCACUUGUCCUUACGGUUUUGUAGGACGAAGAUGUGAAACAAUGAUUUGUAACAGGCACUGUGAAAAUGGAGGUGAAUGUCUUACACCAGAUGUUUGCCAGUGCAAACCUGGCUGGUAUGGACCCACCUGUAGUACAGCUUUGUGUGACCCCGUUUGCCUCAAUGGUGGUUCUUGUAAUAAGCCAAACACUUGCCUCUGUCCAAAUGGAUUCUUUGGUGCACAAUGUCAGAAUGCUAUCUGUCACCCUCCCUGUAAGAAUGGUGGCCACUGCAUGAGAAGUAACAUGUGUGCCUGUCGUGAAGGAUAUGCUGGCAGGAGAUGCCAAAAAAGCGUCUGUGAUCCUAUGUGCAUGAAUGGAGGAAAAUGUGUGGGACCAAACAUUUGCUCUUGUCCUUCUGGUUGGAAACGGAAACGAUGCAACACACCUAUCUGCUUUCAGAAAUGUAAAAAUGGCGGUGAAUGUAUUGCUCCAAGCAUGUGCCAUCGUCCAGCUACCUGGGAGGGAAUGCAGUGCCAAAUACCAAUUUGCAAUCCAAAGUGUCUUUAUGGAGGCAGAUGCAUAUUUCCCAAUGUGUGUUCUUGCCGCACUGGAUAUUCCGGAGUCAGAUGUGAAAAGAAAAUUCCGGUAUUUUAA